UAUGGUGGAAAAUACAAAAACCUACAACAGAGAUCUGACCAACGUAUUGAGAGCUGUCAGAAUUCAAAUCCGAGAUCUGAGAAAUAACAAAAUUAGCGUGGGCCAAAGGCAAGAUUAGAAUCAUGUUUAUCCAAAGAGUACAGAAAACAUCCAGACGAGCAGUUAGCAGUCGCCAAUAUAAUGUGCCCCAAUUGUCGACAGACUCAUCAAAUAGAGAGUAUGCCAACCUCGAGGAUGAGUUUCUACACGCAGCGGAGUCUGGCGAUGUGCACACUAUUACUAGAAUAAUGAAAGCUCACCCAGAAAUGGACACAGAGUGCAUUGACGCUUUGGGCCGCAGUCCUCUCAGGUUGGCUGUCAAGAACGAACACUUGGAGGUGGUCCAAGUACUUCUGGAGAAGUCCAGCCAACAGCACAUGUACGAGGCCGCGCUACUGGCCAUCAGUGCUGGACACAUCCAGAUAGCUGAGACUAUACUCAAACACAAGAAGUAUUUGGACAUGUGCAGAGGGAAGAAAAAACUCGGAGCCACGGAUGAUUUCUACAAAACAGCUUUCCCAGAUUCUCAGUUCUCACCAGAUAUAACUCCUUUGAUACUGGCAUCACAGAAAAAUCAAUAUGAAAUUGUUCAACUUUUGUUACUACGAGGGGAAACUAUCAUGAAGCCUCACAAGUUUAGUUGUGCUUGUCAGGAAUGCCAGAAAAAAAUUGAAAUAGACCAACUGCGCCUGGCCAAGUACAGACUUAAUGCUUACAGAGGACUUGCCAGUGAGGCAUACAUUUCAUUGUCCAGCAAAGAUCCCAUUUCGACUGCCUUUGAACUGGCCGCUGAACUCAGGAGAUUUUCCAGUAUAGAAAAACACUUCAAGUGUGAGUACAUAGAUCUUGCUGAUCAGCUGAGUGAUUAUGUGGUCAAACUGCUGGACAGAAUCCGGACACAGAAGGAACUGGAACUUGUUCUUAACAAAAGAGGAAAACCUGAUCAGGAGAAAUUUUCCAGUUUAGCCAGAUUCAAGCUAGCUUUAAAGUAUAAGGAGAAAAAGUUUGUGGCACAUCCCAGCUGCCAACAGCGAGUCUCAAAAGCCUGGCGCUACGGAAUGGGGAAGUUUGAACGAGCCAACUGGCCGAAGCGUGUCCUAAUAAUCCUGGCUAUCGUCUUGAUGUAUCCUGCUCUGGUUUGUUUGCACAUAGCAGAAUCAAAAAGAAAGGAAGCCAAAAUCUUACAACUUCCGGUGGUGAAAUUCACUUGCUACUCGAUGUCUUUUUUGAUAUUUCUGCUUUUAAUUUGCAUCUCAAGCUGGGAAGCAUCGGUUCGGGUGAGCAAGCACAGAACGUUCUUGAAAUCUUUUACCCCAAAUGUCACUAACAGGUACAAAGAAUGCAGACAAUCGAAGCAAUUCAAUAAAUUAUUAGGUAAAGAUUUCCCCCUGAGAGACGGAAGUCCAAGUUUAACAGAUUUACUUUUAACUUUUUGGAUAAUCGGGAUGGUGAGUCAAGAAUGCAAUCAACUCUAUCAGACUGGCCUGGACGAGCACAUCAGUCUAUACAACAUCAUGGACUUCCUUUUACUUUCUGCUUAUAUAGCGGCCUUGACCUUAAGGUUUCUGCUCAUGAUCAAGUUUAACUUGGCUGUUGAGGUAUUAAAAGAGAAGUACGCUGACUCUUGUACAAUGAUUAAAUCUGUCUACUGGCUGAAUACAGAUCGCAGCUUAUGGGAUCCCUGGGAUCCACGCAACGUUUCCGAGGGUCUGUUUGCCUUUGCCAACAUCAUGAGUUUCUAUCGGCUGCUAUACUUUCUUCCAGCGUUUGAAGUCCUUGGACCAUUACAAAUAUCAUUGCGUCGAAUGUUGAAGGACAUCGCCAAGUUUGCACUCCUCUUCAUGCUGAUCAUCUUUGCUUUCCUGGUUGGUAUGCACAACUUGUACUGGUACUUCGGAGAGAGGGCGCCACCUCCUAGAACCGCCACGAACCCGGCCUAUGAGCCAAGAGCCGUGAAAUCAUUUAACGAUUUGACGUCAACAUUGCAUACCAUCUUCUGGGCGUUAUUUGGUCGUGGCGAGUAUAAGGCUGUAGAGCUGAAUGACUACACCCUCAGCACCGACAGGUUUGGCUACAUCAUAUAUGGCACCUACCACAUCAUUUGCGUCACCAUCCUCAUCAACAUGCUGAUAGCCAUGAUGACUCGCUCCUUCACAAGAACAGCUGAAGACUCGGACAGAGAGUGGAAGUUUGCCCGUAGCAUGCUGUACAUGGACUACAUUCAACAAUCAGCUAUACUGCCCCCUCCAUUGAACAUCCUGAUGCUGCCUAAAGCAGUCUACAGGACCUACAAGUCUGUUAGACAGACAUCGCUGAUGACAGCAAUCAGACAACCAAUGGAGCGCCAGGAAUCUCGAUCUAGUUCAAAUUUUUGUUCUUCAUUUAGACAAGAGUUCCAAGUUCGAACGCUAGAGUGUACACAGAUAAGAGUAGUCAAAGAGCUCUCCAGGAUGUCCUCCUCAGAAGAGAAAGUAGAAGAGGACGGCCUGCUAGUGCCCGUCGAGUCUCCCAAUAUCUUACGCCGAUUACAAGUGAUCAGCGGUGUACCUGAGCUGGACACACUGACCUACCAGCAAACAGUCCAGCGACUUGUCCAGCGGUACAUAUUAGACAUGCAACGAGAGGCCGAAGUGAUUGAAGACGAUGUGGAGGUGCUCAAAAGAGAGAUCUUCAAUUUUUCACAUGAACUUGAUUCCCAAACGACAACAGCCAGUGUUCAGGAGGAACUGAAAGAAUAUAUAACGAAGAUACAACACAGCGUUCAGAAAUGGAAAGAAAACGCAAUUGCGUCAGACAGAACGAGUGCACAGGACGAACAAAGCAGAGCCAGACGUUCAAGGGAAGCCUUUGCUAAAUCAAGGAUUGACAGGUCAUUGUUCUUCAAUAGUAAAUCAAAGUCUGAUUGGACAAAGAAAAAUUGAACCUGUGCAGUGAAACUAAAAGACUCAAGAGCUAGUCUAUUUUUAUUUUUACAUCAUUAUACCGUAUUAAAUGUUUACAUGCAUUCAUAUUUUAAAAGUUAUAAUUUAUAUGAAUGUUAUAUACAUUUCUCUUGAUUGACGCUACAACCCAUUUAUGCAGCAUUAAUGGUCAGGAAUUUGUAUAUUCCUGAAGCGACAUUGCUGGUGCAUUUGGUAUCUUCCAAUUGUUGCGUUAUAGUGAAAAAAAGAUAACCUUUAAAUUUCGUAUAGAAGUGACGAUUUCCGGUCUAAUAAAUUAUUAUCGAGAAGUGAGAAGUUAUGUCAUCCCCCCCCCAAAAAAAAAACAACAACAAAAGAAACGUGUAGUUUGCGAGUACCUGACCGGGUAUCCCAUUAUGGAGGCUACCCAGGUCUGAAUCAGCUAUUAGAGUGGGUCAUCGUCUCGUACUUUUUUACAAGUCUCAUUCCAAACUUCUACUCGCGACCUCUACUUACGACCUCUACUCACGACCUCUACUUACGACCUCUACUCACGGGAAGAAAGAGGAAAUCGUUUCUCAUUCUUUUUGACCAUUUCAAACUUUUCAAAUUCUGAUUCAACAGCUCUUUGGGAAGCCGUUUGCUAUUGACUUGUAUGGAGACAUACGGUGCGCUUUGGACCCGGGCUUUAGGAAGACACGAUGUGAACCUCUUCAGGCCUCACUCGUUGAAAUAUGAUCUAAACCAGCCAGUGGCGUAGCUAGUCUGUGUGUGUGUGGGGGGUCCAAAUUAAAAAAUCCCCCUAGCCCCCUUGAAAGAGCCCCCAAAAUGAGUGUCCGAAAUGUAUUUUUUACAAUAAAUAUUAAAUAUUACCCCAUUUUCUCAUGUAAUGAUGUCGAAUGUCAAAAUGCAGGGGCCCUAAAGAGGUCAAGCCCCCAUGCCUCCAAAUCCCUAGCUAUGCCUCCGUCUUGGGCACUAUUAUUACAGCAGACUUCGACACCUUCCAUAUUUUUCUUCAAAUGAAAUCUAUUUAUAGGAAUGUUUGAUGUCAUUUUUAAAGCAGUGUUCCUUUUACUUGCUGUGUGGUAUUGAAAUGUGAACCAAUAAAACUCCGAGUCUACA